UAAUCACAUAGUAUCACUCAACAUCCAUAGCCAUUCUCACUCCUCAAUUCCUGUCGUCCAGAGCUUCGCUGCUCGGUGGUCUGUGGGGUAGGUAUCCUUUGCGCUAACCCAACCAGCCACACCAGCCACACGCGACACCAAGCCGAGCUGAGCUCAUGACCAGUUGUACCUAUGGAGGGUGGGUGCCAACCCCUAUCCCCUCCCACCCACCAAUCCAUCGCAAUGGCGCCGCCGUCCACACCGCUCCCCGCACGCCGUGUGACACCGCCAGGACCCGGCCGACGAGGAACAACCGUAACGCCGACGCGCCGAGGCGCGAUCCUGGCGCUGCGCUAUGGCUCGCCGGGGUUCACGAUCCGGCAGAUCUCCGAGCAGCUGGGUGUCUCGAAGUCGACGGUACACGGCAUCUGCAAGCACGCGGAGAAGAAGGCGCGGGCGUUGCGAGAGGAGCGGGGGGCCGACACCACCGCCACCACCACCGACGACGCCUCGACGGCGACGCAGACCGCGCCCUCGCUGCUCGAGCUGCUGGCCGCUUCCGCCCCCUAUAAGGCCUCCGGACGCCCACGGAAACAUGCGCUCACUGCCACCGGCGAAGACGGCGAUGACGGCGACAACCCGGCCGCCGAUGGUCGCGGCGCUCCUACGCCGACGGAUACACCGACAGAUACGCCGACAACCACGCCGGCGCCAGACGAGACGUCGCUUUUCCAGCUGCUGGCUGAUCCCAACCCCGCACCCGCGUUGAAUACAUAAGCCCUACCGGAAUGUCCCGACUCGACUUGACUUGGUGUUUUGUAGCUCCCACGGGGAAGCUUUGUUCCCGGAAGAAACCGUUCGAUCUCCAAAUUCCAAUAGAACAGU